AUGCACCGCAACUCGCUGCCCACAAUACCGCACUUCUCCAACAUGAAGAACAAGCGCAAGUACGUGCGCUUCAGUUGGCGCGAGAAGAAGAUCAUCUGCAGCGUGGUGGUCGGCAACCUGCUGUACGGCUGCAUUGUCGGCGUGCUGGUGCCGUUCUUCCCCAGCGAGGCAGAGCGGCGCGGCGUGUCGCAGUCGCUGGUGGGUGGCGUGUUCGCCGUCUACGCCUUCACACAAUUCGCCGUGGCACCACUGGUCGGCAAGCUAAUCCCCGUGCUGGGCGCAUCACGUGUCUUCCACCUGGGCCUGGGCACGGCCGGCGCCUCGACGCUGGUGUUCGGCCUGCUGGACUAUAUCGGCGACCCCAACGGCUUCAUGGCCGCCUGUUACCUGGCGCGCGUGGUGGAAGCGAUCGGCACGGCGGCCUUCAUCACAGCCUCCUACACGAUCGUGGCCAACCAGAUCCCGGACAACAUCAACCUGCUGGUGGGCACGUGCGAGACCAUGUGCGCCGUGGGUCUGGCGGCGGGGCCGGCCAUCGGAGGGGGCCUGUUCACCGCCGGCGGCUACGGCCUGCCGUUCUUCGUGCUGGGCGGCGUGAUACUGGCUGUGACGGCCGUCACCUGCUGCACGCUGCCAUGGGUCGGCGGCGACCCUCAGCGCGUGCACGUGCGCCAGAUGUCGCAGAAGAUGAUGCGGUCUUCCGAGGUGUGGCUCAACGUGGUGGUGCUGCUCUUGGUGGCUGUCGACUGGACGGCGCUGGACCCUGGCCUGGCGCCGUUCGUCACCGCCGAGUUGGGUGUCUCGCCCGCCCAGCUCGGCCUCUUCUUCUUGCUGGCCAGUGGCACCUACGCCGUCAUCGGGCCCGUCUGGGGCAAGCUGUGCGACGACCUGCCCAACAACUACGUGCAAAUGACGGCCAGCCUGCUGCUGGCCGCCGUCGGUCUGAUCCUAAUCGCGCCCACGGCCGUGCUGCCGCUGGCGCUGUUCCUGGGCGGCGCCUUCAUCCCCACCUUCGGCAACAUCCUGCGCGCCGGCGGCGAGGUCGGCCUCACGGACGGGCUGGCAACGCAGGCGUACGUGUCCAGCAUCUGGUGCAGUACCUUCUCCAUCGGCAACACCAUCGGCCCGCUGGCGGCCGGCGUGGCCACAGACGCCUACGGUUUCCCGGCCACGACCAUACCGGACAGCGAGUAG